CCCCUCAUUCUCAGAUGGUUUCAGACUGACUCAGGACUCAGACCUGCUCUCGGCUCAGACAUGAAGUCUUUCUGCCUCCUCUCUCUGAUCCUCCCGGUCCUCUCGGUCCAGUUCUCUGCCCCUGCGGGUUGUGGACCCUGUGACCUGGCUCAGUGUGCUCCUCUCCCGGUGGAGGGCUGUGCUGCCAGCUCUCUGCUGGACUCCUGUGGAUGCUGCACCGUCUGCGCUGCUGCAGAAGGUGAGCUGUGUGGAGGCCGCCGGGCUGCAGCUCGCCGCUGCGGCUCUGGUCUGGAGUGCGUGAGAAGCAGCGAGAACAAGAAGAACAAGAUGGGACUCUGUGUCUGCAAGAGCAAGUAUGAGGUCUGCGGGACGGAUGGUGUGACCUACAGGAACAGCUGUGCACUGAAGACUGCCAGCCUGAGAGCCCAGACUGAGGCCAAAGAACCCAUUAACAUGCAGAACAAAGGUCGCUGCGCUUCAGCUCCGCUCAUUGUUACUCCUCCAGGUGAAGUGUACAAUGUGAGUGGCUCUCAGGUGUACCUGAGCUGUGAGGUGGUGGGUGUGCCCACACCUGUCCUGACCUGGAAGAAGGUCCUCAGUGGGAAGAAGAUGGAGCUUCUUCCCGGAGACCGUGACAAUCUGGCAAUCCAGACUCGAGGAGGACCGGAGAAACACGAAGUGACCGGCUGGGUGCUGAUCUCGCCUCUGACCAAAGAAGAAGAAGGAUCAUAUGAGUGUCACGCCAUGAAUGCCAAAGGAGAAGCUUCAGCCGUUGGAGCAAUUCAUGUGGUUGAAUCAAUUGAUGACAUCACUGUCAGGAAAGUGACGAAGGAAGACGAGCUGUGAUCAGCUGAUCUGAGGAGCAUCGCAGAAAAACCUGAGUUUCUUUUUUUUUUUUUAGAUUGUCAAACUUCAGUUUUUUUUUCUACACUACAUUUUCUUUUUUACUUUGUGAAGUCUUUGUUCUCUGAGCACCAGAGGAAGACUUUUAUUCUGAAAAGAUCAAACAGGUAUGCUUGAUUAGUUAUUGAUCAGACUGAAUACAAAUAUAAACUUUAAACUGCAUGUUUUUUUUCUGAAUUUAAUAAACUGUAAUGCUGAUG